AUUCCAAACUUCUUGCAUCUCACUCCACCUGCAAUAAAAAGACAUUGUGAAGCUUUAAAAGAUUUCUGCACUGAGUGGCCUGCCGCACUUGAUAGUGAUGAGAAAUGUGAGGAGCACUUUCCAAUUGUAAUUAAGACGACCGAUUAUGUUGCUGCAGGACCUUCGCUCCGAAAUCCCAAAGCAAGAGUGGUCACCUUUUCAGUUAGAGUCUCUCAUCUGAAUUUGGAUCAUCAUGCCAAGAAGAAGAUCAUUAAACUUGUAGGAAAUCGAUACAACAAUGAUACAGAUAUACUUACCAUUACAACAGACAGAUGCCCACUACGUCGGCAAAACUAUGAUCAUGCCAUGUAUUUGCUAACAGUUCUAUAUCACGAAUCAUGGAAAACAGAAGCAUGGGAGAUGGACAAAACUGAUGCUGAUAUGGAUGAAUAUAUUUGGGAGAACAGUCAGUCUGAGAAAAAUGUCUUGAAGACUCUCUUUAGAAUGAAAGAGGCUGAAAAAUUCCCAGAGGUGCCUAAGGAAGAACUAAUCAACUCUCCCGAAGUGAAAGAUUAUAGGAACGCGGUGAUGAAUAUCAAAAAUAUCGGAGGAACUGACCAUAAUCUAUUACAGUAUAAAGAAUCUGUGAAAAAGCUGCUAAACUUGCAAGCUGCAACCUGAUCGUUUAAAUGAGAAAUUAAUGUUUCACAUGACACUGCAAACUGUCAAUCAUGCAAAUUAAACCCAUUCAGGUAAUGUAGCUUUUCCACCAAGAUACAUUAUUGAUGUUUGUAUAUUAACAAUGUGAUUGUUGCCUCUCCCAUUGUGCUUAUAAUGAAACUACCAUAAUUCUAAUAAACAUGUCUCUUC